AUGGCGGGACGAAAAGUCAACCCGUACAACUUCCUUGUUGUUCUGACCGUGGCCCUUGGCUCUUUCACGUAUGGAUUCACUGUGAACGUCACGGGUCCCGUGCUGGGCAUGCCCUCCUUCUAUCACUACUUCAAUCUUGACAUUACGUCCACUACCGGUGUCAUCGGCGCUAUCCCUGGCUGUUACUUUGGCGGAGGUAUUGUGGGCGCAGUCCUCGGUGCGUGGGCUUGUGAGAGGUUCGGACGACGCCGUGCCUUGUUCGCGACAUCGGUCAUCGGCGUCCUCGGUGGCGUUCUCUUAGGAUCUGCCGUCCAUGUCUCAAUGAUUCUCAUCGGCCGAGCACUGUCUGGAAUUUGUUCUGGCGGCUUCCAAACCAUUGUCCCGAUAUACCAGAGCGAGAUCAGCCCGGCUCACAGACGUGGCCACAUGGUCGGACAACAUGGAUUCUUGCUUGUCGUUGGAGCGUCGGUCGCAACAUGGGGAGGUCUGGGAUGCUCCUUUGCCAGCAACCCCCAAGUCCAAUGGCGUCUUGCCCUUGCAUUGAGUGGCCUCUCGCCACUCAUACUCGCUCCCGCCAUCUUCUGGCUCCCGGAAUCGCCACGUUGGCUGAUUACUCGAGAGUACUAUGAGCCAGCCCUGCGAGUCUUAGAAAAAUUCCACAAAGUGCCUGGGGACGAAAGCAACACGCUUGCUCGGGAGGAAUAUCUUCAAAUCCGCCAGCAGAUUGAGCUCGAAGCCCGCAAUCGGACCACCAUUCUCGCCUCGAUCCGCCAGCCUCCCAUGCGAAAGCGCAUGAUCAUUGGUUUCCUUACCCAAUUCCUUCUUCAGUGCUCUGGUGUCCUUGUCACAGUCACUUACCAGGUAAUCCUUUACAACAACCUCGGAAUCACCGGAUGGCUCGCGAUCUGCCUCCUCGCUGUCUACAACACAUGGUCAGCUGUGGGCAACUUUACUAACGCCUUGAUGCUGGAUCACUUUGGCCGGAAGCGCCUGCUCCUCGUCGGUCUGACUGGCUCGGUCUUUGCUUUGACACUGUACACAAUCAUGGUCGCCCGUUACGCCGGCACCUCUAACCGGGUCGGGUGCGGCUUCGGCGUCUUCUUCGUCUACCUAUACACGACGUUCUAUGGCUUCUGCUUGGACUCGACUAGCUAUGUCUACUGUUCCGAGAUCUUCCCGGCAUACAUGCGCACCACCGGGAUGGCAGUAUCUAUCAUCGGUUACUUUGCUCCAGCUCUGCUCUUCGGCCAACUCGCACCAACCGCAUUCGCCACUAUCGGCUGGAAAUACUACCUUAUCUUCAUCCUCGUGCCCGCCUGCGGACUGCCAGUCAUCUGGCUCUAUUUCCCCGAGACCAAGCAGCUGUCUCUCGAGGAGAUCGCGGCGCUGUUCGGUGAAGAGGUCGCCCUCGACAUCACACACAUGUCCGAGGAUCAGAAGCGCGACCUCGACGAACAAGUGACCAAGGUCGACACAAAUACCUUUGCGAUGGGAGGCGAGAAGGCAAUGGCGGCCGCCGUUGAGACCGUACGCUGA